CCAUCAAGAAGAGAGAGAGAGAGAGAUUUUUCGUUUUCGCCGGUAAGAUUCCAUUUGUGAACAUUUACACCCUUUCCGUGAGCCGACAUGUGUGGAGGUGCAAUUAUCUCCGAUUUCAUACCGCCGCCGAAAUCGCACCGGGGUGCUAGCGACUAUGUCUGGUCGGAUCUGAAGAAGAACGCGAAGAGCUUGAAGAAGAACUCGAAGAAGCGGUCCGAUUUCUUCGAUCUCGAGAAUGAGUUCGAGGCUGAUUUUCAGGGUUUCAAAGAUGACUCGUCUAUCGAUUUCGAGGAUGAUUUCAAUGCCGAUCAUGUCUUUUCCGAUGUGAAGCCCUUUGUAUUCGCCGCUCCUCCGAAACCAGCCGUCCGCUCCGCCGCCGACUCCGACGGUUCUGCCCCAUCCAAGAAAGGUCCGGAGUUCAAUGGGCAAACCGAGAAAUCCGUUAAGAGGAAGAGAAAGAACCAGUAUCGGGGCAUCAGGCAACGACCUUGGGGCAAAUGGGCAGCUGAGAUCCGUGACCCCAGAAAAGGUGUUCGAGUCUGGCUCGGGACUUUCAACACUGCCGAAGAAGCUGCUAGAGCUUAUGAUGCCGAGGCACGAAGAAUCCGUGGCAAGAAAGCUAAGGUGAAUUUCCCUGAAGAAACCCCUCGUCUCAGCCAGAAAUGCCUCGCUAAGGCCAAUCCUCAGAAGCCAGUGGCGAAACCACCAAACCCAACUUUGGUUCAGCCGUAUAUGGAUCAGAUCUCGAACUCUGACAAUCCGGGACAAGAUUGCUUCGAUAAUACGGGGCUGGUGGAUGAGAAACCACAUGUGAACAAUCAGUUUGGGCUGACAAACUUGUUCGAUGCUGAAGAUAUUGCAUACCCGUAUUUCAGUUCAGACCAGGGCAGUAACUCGUUUGACUGUUCCGAAUUCGGGUGGAGUGAUCAAGGACCCAAGACCCCUGAGAUAUCUUCCAUGCUUGUCAAUGAUUCAACUCCAUUCAUGGAGGACACUAAUCCAUCCAAGAAGCUUAAGCCCACUGCUUCAAGCACCGAUAAGUCACUCUCUGAUGAGCUGAUGGAGGUGAAAUACUUCCCAACAUCUUUUCUGGACAACACCACGUGGGACUCUUCACUGGAAGCUUUCUUCAGCGGAGACGCUGCUACAACUCAGGACGGGUCAAACCCCAUGGACCUCUGGACCCUCGACGAAAUCCCUUCCGUGCUUGAAGGGGUCUUCUGAACAGAUCAACCUCUCGUUUACUGUAAAUAAGGCUGCAUGGAUCUGCUGUUUGGGGAAUGGUACAAAACAGCUGACCCUUUGCAUUGCAUAAGCCAGGAGCCGCCAUGGGAGUGAUCUCUCACUCUCUAACAUGGGAAGCUGCUCUUUAUAUCUCUGAUAUAAGGGUUGAUGAAUCAAAUAGAGGUACACUACACCUCUAGGCUGUCUUCCUUAAAGUUCUACCGAUCUUCAUUUGAGGUUUGGAGACUGGUUUUAGUGUACUCAAUAAUGUUGUUUUGAUAGAAAACUUAAAUAGAAUUAUCAUCAAUGAUGAACUUUCAUAUGAUCUUAUUCGGAAUUGUCUAUUGCUUUCUGCUUAGCGAAUGGUCAAAAGGGUUUGCGAAUGGAAUAUAUUCGAAACAUUUGAGUGUCUGAAUCGAACAUCUCACUUUUUCUUC